AUGUCUGGAUCAACACCUUACGCGGUUCGUUCGCCAACGCAGUCGAACCAAUACCCACCACCUUAUUCACCAACUCACCCGAACCGCCCAUUUUUUGGCCAUGAACCCUUUCAAAUACCUCCUCAACACCUCAUUCAGACUCCGCCUCCAUAUCCUCCUGCGUCUCUGGUACACAGCCCACAUCAUACCCGACCCACGCUUGCAUCUCCCUUACCUUCAGCCAGCGCUCUUCCACCGCCGCCACCACCUCCUCCUCUCCCUCCCUCGCUAGGCGCAGGACCGCAGUAUCAACCUCUGACAUCGAGUCCGCCAUUUGCGCUUCAAAGAUCGUACUCGGGACAUCUGGUCCACCCAAGUAUGCCGUCGCCCUACGAUGUCAAUCCGUCACACGCGCACCCACCUGGGCCUCCAAAUUCGGCGCUGCAGUCACCCAUGAGAGAUCACCAUAGCCUCACUAAUGGAAGACCCGGAGACAUGUCUUCGUCUGAGUCGCGGCCGCAAUCGAAAGACAAGCCUGACAGAGCGAGCAACCCAAUGUCUUUUGCGAGCAUUCUUGGUCCCUCAAACAACGAACCCUCUCCCAAACUGAGUGAAACAAAACUGCCUCCUGCGCGACUCGCAACGCCUCCACCACCACCACCACCACCGCCGCCGCCGCCGAAGCCUGUUGUAGAAACCAAGCUUGGGCCUGAAAAGUCACCUGUGACGAAGGUGCCGGAGAUGGGUACAAUUCAGCCCCUUACGAAUGGCCACACCAAAUCGCAACCCAAAGCAGAGGCUGUACAUGCUCCCAAGAAAUAUCUUGCGCCACCACGACCACGGAAGAUACUCACAGAAGGGGAGGCGGACAAGAUACUGAAGGCUCUUGCCAUCAUUGACGAAACCAGUUUCAGUGACGCCGAGGAUGCAUCUUGGUCCGAACAUAAGGAACGGUACAAGCAAAGAACUAGGAAGAGAGCUGCAGAUGUGUAUGAAGGCGAACUACACAAGCGCAAGCGCCGUCGCGGCUAUCUCCUGGAUUCCUUUAUCCGAUCCAUGGACAAGCAGGCCCUAGUUGCAGCCCAACGCUUCCGUGAACGCUUCGAACCGGUCGCUGCCAAGGAAAUUGCAGACAAGGAUCAUCAAAGUGAAAAAGAAAGAAAGAAAGACAUGCAACGAAAGCGCCGUCGUGAGCAACAGAUUCGUAACGAGAGGGAGAGGCUGGAGGAGCUCGAACAGCGUGCGAGAGACGCCGAAGAUCAAGAAGAGGCACAGAAGUAUCUGAGGCAAGCAGAAAAAUCCCAGGCCCGCAUAAAACAAACCACAGAACUACUCGAAGGUGUCCCGCCUCAAGAAGACAUGGAAGUACCGGCACCGGCACCCAACUACGAAGGUGGUGUCACAUCUUCCUUCCAGCUGGCCACGCCCGAACCUGGUGAGCCUCCCAAGAAGCGCAGCAAGAAGGAUCCCGGUGCUCCCUCCGCCCGUUUAAAGAAGUCCAAGGAGAAGAAACAAGCCGAGAAAGAUGCUGCGGAGGCUGCCUAUGCGGCAAUGGAAAAAGAUGCUUUGAUCCAAAUUGCACCCAAGGAAGAAACGACCCCGGCUCCAUCUGGCAAGUCCAAAAAGUCCAAAGUUCAAGAGGCCCCUGCCAGUCCUCCACCACAGACGGUCAACUACGAGUCGAAAGGUUAUAUUCAGAUUUACGAGCAAAUCUGGAGAGACCUGGCCAGAAAAGACAUACCCAAAGUGUAUCGGAUCAAGCAAGUAUCUCUCGCCACAAGAGGAGAAAAUCUCCGCAAAACCGCUAUCCUCGCAAGCAAACAGGCGAGGAAAUGGCAGGAGCGGACCAACAAGAGCAUGAAGGAUACUCAAGCACGGGCGAAACGUGUCAUGAGGGAAAUGAUGUCCUUCUGGAAGAGGAAUGAGCGAGAAGAGCGAGAUCUACGCCGUCUAGCAGAGAGGAAGGAGAUUGAAGACGCGAAGAAGGCUGAAGCAGAUCGUGAGGCCAACAGACAGAAGCGGAAACUCAACUUCCUCAUCUCGCAGACAGAAAUCUACUCGCACUUCAUCGGGCGAAAGAUCAAGACGGAUGAAGUGGAGAGAGCCACAGAUGACGCCGAAGUUGCCGGGUCCCAAGAGAAGAGCAGGCCGUCUGGAUAUCAGGACCGAGGCAUGGACGACUUGUCACUAUCCAACGAACACGGAAAUCAUAAAGUCACAAACUUUGAAGACCUGGAUUUCGACGCCGAGGACGAGUCAGAGCUGAGAAAAGCCGCGGCGGCCAACGCCGCAAGCGCACUGCAGGAUGCACAGGACAAAGCCCGCAACUUCAACGGACAAGACUCAAUGGACGCGUUUGACUCGAGCGAGAUGAACUUCCAGAAUCCUACCAUGGCUGGCGAUGUACAAGUCUCCCAGCCGAAGAUGCUGCAAGCACAACUCAAGGAGUACCAGCUCAAGGGUCUCAAUUGGCUGGUUAAUCUUUACGAGCAAGGUAUCAACGGUAUACUGGCAGAUGAAAUGGGCCUUGGCAAAACCGUGCAAUCCAUUUCGGUGAUGGGCUACCUGGCCGAGCAGCACAACAUCUGGGGACCGUUCUUGGUCAUCGCUCCGGCCUCGACGUUACACAACUGGCAGCAAGAAAUCACCAAAUUUGUACCAGCCAUCAAGGUUCUCCCAUAUUGGGGCAGUGCAAAGGACCGAAAGAUUCUGCGGAAGUUCUGGGAUCGGAAGCACAUCACCUACACGAAAGACUCCGAGUUCCACGUCCUCGUUACUUCAUAUCAACUUGUCGUGAUGGAUGCCCAGUACUUCCAGAAGAUCCGAUGGCAGUACAUGAUUCUGGAUGAGGCACAAGCCAUCAAGUCUUCGAGCAGUUCGAGGUGGAAGACUCUUCUCGCUUUCCAGUGCCGCAACCGACUUUUGCUGACCGGCACGCCUAUUCAGAAUAACAUGCAGGAGCUGUGGGCUCUGCUCCACUUCAUCAUGCCCACGCUGUUCGACUCACACGACGAGUUCAGCGACUGGUUUUCCAAAGAUAUCGAAAGUCACGCACAAAGCAAUACCAAGUUGAACCAGGACCAGCUCAAGCGAUUGCAUAUGAUUCUCAAGCCGUUCAUGUUGCGACGCGUCAAAGCUCAUGUGCAGAAGGAACUCGGCGACAAGGUUGAGAAGGAUGUCUUUUGCGAACUCACCUACCGACAACGAGCAUACUACUCGAACUUGCGCAGCAAGAUCAGCAUCAUGGACCUCAUCGAGAAGGCGGCGCUGGGCGGCGACGAAGAUACUGCCACCUUGAUGAACUUGGUCAUGCAGUUCCGAAAAGUUUGCAACCAUCCGGAUCUGUUUGAACGAGCAGACACAAGUUCCCCUUUCUCGAUGUCGUAUUUUGCUGAGACUGCCUCGUUUGUGCGAGAAGGUUCAUUCGUGCAGGUUGGCUAUUCCGUUCGCAACCAAAUUCAAUACGACCUGCCUCGAGUGCUGUGCAAUGAUGUUGGGAGAAUAGACAUCGCUGGACCCGCCAAUCCCCACGCGGGCUUUCGACGUGCCGGCUUCAAGGCCAAGGGACUUGGAGGUCUGAUGAGGAUCUGGACUCCUGAGCACAUCAAAUCCUCGGCCGCGCAGGACGGAGCUUUCUCCUUCCUGCGAUUCGUGGAUACCUCGGCCGGUGAAGCCUCGUUUCAUGGCGAGUCAGGACUCGUCGAGCGUGCCAUGAGGCUCAAGAACCAGCAGGGACGGAGGUUACACAUCUUCGAAGAUUCUGAAGAUGGACCGGACGGGCCGCCAGCACAUGCUAUGUUCAACAUUGUGGAAAACGAUCCCCGCCGCGCACUUAAGGAACUGGAUCCCAAUUCGAACCUCGCGAGACUCUGCAACAUCUCCCAGGAUACCAUCGCAGAACAUGGGGUUUCGGUGCUAGAGCCAGCGGCCCGACCCAAGGCGUUGGCGCCACCGAUUGAGAUCAGUUGCUUUGAUCAAUCCUCAAUCUCUGAGCGACAGUUGACUCUCUUCAACAUGGAUGUCCGCAGUACGUUGUACCCGCUAGAGGAGUCACUCGAGGAGAAAUUACUUGAGCGCGAUGUGGAUCCGGCCAACUUCCCCGUGUCCAACAUGCUGCCUACGCCAGAAUCUGCGAAGGCCAGGUACACCAACAUCUCGGUGCCUUCGAUGCGUCGCUUUGUUACGGAUUCGGGCAAGCUAGCGAAGCUGGAUCAGCUGCUUCGAGAACUCAAGAUGGGUGGCCACCGCGUGCUCUUGUACUUCCAGAUGACGCGUAUGAUCGACUUGAUGGAAGAAUACCUUACGUACCGCAACUACAAGUACUGUCGGCUGGAUGGAAGUACCAAGUUGGAAGACCGGCGAGACACUGUACACGACUUCCAAACACGACCCGAGAUCUUCAUCUUCUUGCUUUCGACGCGUGCUGGUGGUCUCGGUAUCAACUUGACAUCUGCCGACACCGUCAUCUUCUACGACUCGGAUUGGAAUCCCACGAUCGAUUCACAAGCCAUGGACCGAGCUCAUCGACUUGGUCAGACCAAACAGGUUACAGUGUAUCGACUCAUUACUCGCGGUACCAUCGAAGAACGAAUCCGUAAGCGCGCGAUGCAGAAAGAAGAAGUCCAACGUGUCGUCAUCACGGGCGGAGACGGGGCUGGCGUGGACUUCAAUACUCGCGAUCGACGUGAGAAUAGGACCAAGGAUAUUGCCAUGUGGCUUGCGGACGACGACCAAGCGGCUCUUAUUGAACAGAAGGAAAAGGAAAUUGCGGAGAAGCCUGAUGAUGAGAACACGAAGAAGAGAAGCAAGAAGGCUGCAGCUGCCGCAGCCAGACAGAAGCGGAAGGGCGAAAUGAGUUUGGAUGAUAUGUAUCACGAAGGCGAAGGACAUUUUGAAGAUAAUUCGGCGAAACCGUCUGGGGCAGCGACCCCGGUGAGCGCCGCAGAAGCGGCUGGACCCAAACGCGGACCUCGUGGCGGACGGGGUGUGAGCAAGAAAGCCAAAACGGCCAAACAGAGACUUGCAAUCGUUGAUGCCGAGGGGGAUCUAGGCAUGAGUGGGACAUGA